UUCAUGGCGCGGUCGAGAUGUUUGUUUUCGUUUCCAUCAUAUUUGUCUUUGUGGCUUACACUGUUUCUAUUAAGUUUGUAUAUUACAGAUUUAGCCAGUUAUGGCCACAGUUACGAAAUAAAAUAUCCAACCCUUCAUACACCUUUGGAGACGCACAUUUUUGUCCAACACAAAAGAGGUCCGGCGCAUUCCUACCAAACUCGGAGACAGCAAACGAGACUCGAGCUCUGUUAGUCACUGCACAUCCAGAUGACGAAUGCAUGUUCUUUGCACCUUCAAUCUUAAAGCUAGUUGAAUCACAAGCAUCCGUUUAUUUGUUAUGUUUGUCAACAGGCAAUUACAAUAAUCAAGGACUCCAACGCAAAAGGGAACUGCUUGACAGCUGUGCGGUGCUGGGAAUUCCAUCCGACCAUGUCACCGUCAUAGAAGACAAAGAGCUUCCAGAUGACCCUGCGGUCCAAUGGAGCACUGCACUGGUCUCCUCUCUGAUCCUCAAACACACCCAAAACUAUGGCAUCAGUCUGGUGCUGACAUUUGAUGGCAGAGGUGUGAGUGGACAUGCCAAUCAUAUUGCCAUCUACAAGACCCUCAGUCAUCUGGCUUCUGCUGGACGACUGCCUGAAGGUUGUCAGAUCUUCUCUCUUCACUCCAUCAGCAUCCUCAGAAAGUAUCUAUCAGUCUUAGAGCUGCCGGUCAGCUGGCUCCUCCCCUCUGAUUUCUGCUGUCUCAUUGGACCGAAGGAGUAUAAGCGUGCCAAGAAAGCCAUGCUUUGUCAUCGCUCUCAGCUGCUGUGGUUCCGCCGGCUCUACAUACUGUUCUCACGCUACAUGUUCAUAAACACGUUCCAGGCCAUCGUUGUGGAAACAAAGAAUGUGAAAAUUUAUUAGAUUAGAUUGUCUUUGACACUGUUCCUGUUAAUGUAGGACUAAAGUUAUGCACUGCAUUUUUUAGGUAAAGGUUAACUUCACGUUUCAUUAUUUCUUUAAAUAACAACAUUCCAAAUAUACUGUCAUUAAAAUACUAUAUAGUGACAGCAUAUUAAAAAAGGCACAGCGAACAUAUUCAACCUGCAGACACUGAUGGAGAAAUGCUGGUAUAUAAUGGGCCUAUGCACACUGUACCCCAAACCAUCCUUUAUUCUGAAAGCCAGUUUUCUGGAGAGGUUUAACCUAGAUAAGCACUUUAAUAGAGUAGCUGAAUCCAAAGAACAGAUUGUGCCUUUGUGUGUGCAGGGAAUGGAGAAAACUAAAUUUGAAUCUGUAUUUUGUUUACUUUUGCGUUUACUGUUGUUAUCUGACUUAAGUUAAAGCACUGCUCCAAACGGAUCAACAAGUUCUGUACCAAAUUUUGUGAUUCAGUAUGGUUUCAAAACUGGCUUAUAUUUCUGAAUUCUUUCAGAGCAAAUCUGUUAUUCUAGGGAGUGUAUGAUGUUCUCUGUUUUGACUUUUAGUUAUGAAUAUAUACAUAACAAUGUGGAGUAAUGCAACAGUUGUUUAAAAUAAAUUUGAUAAAGUGUGGAAAAAAUA